AUGGCAGAAACAUAUGGUCAGCACCCGUUUCAUCAUCGCUUGCAGUCAUCACCCCAUCGCCCGGGUAUAAGCCUGCUUGUCUGGUUGAAGAGCUCAUCCCGGGCCCAUAUUCAUAACCAGUGGUCAGUCUCCAGCCAGCCUCAGAGGCAGCAGGACCAGUCCCUCCAACUUGAUCAACACGAGCCCUUGUCCGCCGCUGCCCCCUCCGGCCUACUGCUGCUGGCCACGCAGACCACUGCUCUAGCACCCUACCACGACCACCAGCGACCAGCAUCAGCACAGAACCACCACCAGCCCAGCAGCAGACUCACCUUCCGCCUCAGCAAGCUCCUCAGUCGAGUGGGCAUGUCUAUUUCCAUCGACAAUCCCCUCAUCUUCCUCUACCCCAAGCCACUCUCGACAGCCGAGCAUCUAGCACAUAUCAGCAAUCCCAAUAGCAGCAGCAGCAGCAGCAAUAAUAAUAAUAAUAAUAACAAUAAUACUAGUAAUAACAGUAAUCAGCAAGCUAAUCUGCUCGAGAACCGAGCCAGUGGUCGAAGCCAUCCCCAGCCAGCCCUCUUCCCAGCAUUCCAACCCCCCUCGCCCCUGCACCCGCCCAGCUCGGAUCAUCCGACGGUCCCGCCUUCGAUCGAUGAGCUCGACAGUCGCAGCACCAUCCUCUCGGGCUCAUUGAUCCUCAAAUUCUCAAAGCCCAAAGAAAUCAGAAAGAUCGUGAUAUCCCUCUGCGGCCAAUCCUACAUCGGCUUCAACGACCGUCCCUACGAAUACCAAACCAUCCUCGAUAAGGAGCUCGAGGUCGACUUGGAAGCCCAACUCUUGAGCAGCCCAAACCAACAUCCCAGCCCCGGAAGCGUCCACUAUAACUCUCAGUACAAGACUUACAUCCUCGACAAGGGAAACUAUCGCUUCCACUGGUCAUUCAUCCUACCCCCUGACCUGCCUCCCUACGAGAGGGGUCAGUUCGGACGGACGACCCACAAGGUCGUAGCCAAGGUCAAACUGGGCUCCGGUCUAGGCUUAGGAUUGAAAUCCGUCGGAAAGAAUCUCACCUCGAUCCUCUUCGGCGUCGGGGGCGGUGGGCAUGAGAUCGAAACUGAAUCCUACUUCGUCGCAAUUAGUAACCCGUCUGGCAACAACGAAGACGUUGGCGAAGAUCUUGGUCUCAAUCUCAACGUCACCGAGCUAUCCGAACAGUUAGGGCCGUAUACGCUAUCUGCGAGCUCUUGCUACUUUACAGUCGCCGGCCUUUUGUCGUUCAAAUUUAAAUUGGAGGAAAUCCCUCAAAGGAAGAAGAUAAUCAAAAUCUACAAGAUCGUCUGUCUUAUCAAGCAACAGUAUCGGUUGAUAUCCAUCAAAGAUAAGGACUCUCGCACCGGUGAACCCGCCGAAUCUUGGCCACCACCCCAACGUCGAAAGGUGUUCGUUCUCGAUCAUUCUAACGUGCUCGACAUCAAGCGAGUUCUUCCCAAUGGACUGCCGUUGGAGCCAUCUGAUCCGUCGCACUCGGGCAGUCACACGCCUGAUUGUACGACUUCGGCUUCCAACGUGGGUGCCAGCAAUGCGCCCGGUCGGACAACUUCCUCUCAUCGCCCAGCGGGGACCGUCCAACAGACCUCGCCUUCGCAAUCCCGCUCCAGAUCACGUAUCCGAGGCCUACUGAUAGGCCCUGGGAGGAGUGGCGAGCACCCAAGCGGCGAACAUAACGAUCAAUCGCGCCAUGGAAACCACUCCUGGAAUGGGCUCACCUCCAUCAGACUAGGGCGCCGGCGCGAAGAGCCUGCUCCCUCAGAACCACCCCCAGCUGCUCAAGAGCCCCGACUGUAUUCGAGCCGCUCCGCAGACCGUUUGGGAAACCCUUCUCCAGCCAAUCACCAAUCGAGCCCCACCAACAAUCCAGGCACUCCUCUUGCCCAGAGCGACAUCCCAAACAACACAGCACCCCAAUCUGCCAACGCUGGACAUCAGAGACCACGCUUGCCCAGCCACCAUUCCGUGGUCGGCAGACCCGUCGAACAACCAUCUGGUGGUAGCAAUCUGGAGGCUUUCGAAGCUUUGCAUCUCGAGCAGGUCCCGCCUCCCCCAGCCGGUCACCCCCGCCGAGGACGACAGCAGGAAGGCACACAGGCCGGCCCGACGGCGAGGGACAAGUCACGCACUUCUCGGAGCCGGGGUCGCAAAUCUCGUCCCGAGCAUGGCCCUCACGAUGCCCAGCCACACCCCGAGCAGGAGAUCCCCUUGGUCACGCUGACUGAUGACCAUUUAUCUUGGGAGGUCGAACACAUCGGCCGACUACCAACUGAUGAUAUUAUUCGACCAUCCACAAACCCUGGCACUCAAACCAAUAUACACAUUUUUCACACGUUGUUGUUUGAGAUUCAUUACAGCGUUGAGGAUGAUAAUCGUAACAAGCCUUCGGAUUUCAGCGAUUCAGGGGGUGCUCAUGGGCCCAAAAAAUCACCUACGGAUUGUCACUCCACUCCCAAUCCGAUCACACGAAAGGUCUUGUCAAUCAGAAAACCUGUUCAGAUUUCUUCGUGUUGUUGCAUGGUCGAGAGUAUGGUCUUGCCGCCCUAUUCACAAUUCGACCCCAACGCUCAAUUUGUACAGCAUCCGACUCCGUCACAUGCUGCGCGCAUGUUCAAAUGUGUUUGUGGGAUGUCAACCGAUUCGGAACCCACGAAAUCUUUCCCUAUUCACUCGAAUUCCCACCGCCUGCCCAUCCGACCUCCCAACCCGCUUAGCUCCCUCCCACCAUCUAGUCCGAGACCAAUCACCCCUCCCAACCCCAUCAGCUCCAUUGCUCCAAUCAACUCUCUCAUCCCACCAAUAACUUCUGAUUCCACAGAAGAAAAUCCUACACCCGCGAAAACAGUCCCAGAACCCGCGAAAAAAAUCCCAGAAAGUCCUACACCGGCUGAAAUUGUUUCCGCAGCCGAAAAAUCGACUUUCUCUCCAACCACAAGAGCCAUGCAGCCGCCCAAAAGGUUCCCCAAGCCGUCAAAAACCACGUUGAAGUUGAAGGUGUCACCGAAGCCCCCCAAGAUCUCAAAAUCUUCAUCCUCAUCCUCACAACACCGCUCAAAAAAAUCGGCCCUUUCCACGACGUCCCAGAAGGAGGAUGAAGAUGAAUACAGAAUUACAUUGUCUGAUGAUGCUGACGAUGAAUCUUGCAAUCGUAAUGUCAAGGACUUUGAGUCCGACUCCGAUGACGAUGCCGGUCCAAGCCCGCCAAAAUCAAAUCCAACCCGUUGA